AUGUUAGGCGGCGAAGCGAAGAAACGGAAGAAGGUGGUUGCCAUGGGGAGUUUUGGCAAUGCCAAACUCUUUGUUGAUAAAGAUGUUAAGAAGAGUAAGGAGCAAGCUCCUGAAAUGACGAGGGUUAUUCAAUGUAUUUGUAUUGGGAGUGUCCCUUGGGAGAAUGAGAAAAACAAAGUUACUCACAUUGACCUUACUCCAAUGUAUAGGAUGAUAAACCGAAUUGUUGCCUGUAAUAUACAUCCGAUGGGGCAUAUUGCUGAGAUUUGA